UAUAAGCGUUACAUCCGAUUAGAAGUUCAGUUUUUCCCAAAGCAUUGAACAAUCCAAUACACAACAGCGAUGCGCUCAUUAGCAGUAAUUGUGUUACUUAGCGUGAUUUGUGCUAUAAAUGCAGCUGUUUCAAUCUCUCUGCCGACGAAACAUGCAGAUCACCCAGGAAAAUGCUGGGACGACCAUUUAAAAAUGGAAUUUGACAUUGGAUUGAAUUAUCCAAAAAAUGAGUGCAUGGAAGUGCAUUGUGGCGGUGAUUUCUCUAUGGAAAUUAGGAGUUGCGGUGCAGUGUUGCCUCCGCUAGGCUAUCACAACGAACGGGAUUAUAGCAAGAAGUACCCAGACUGUUGCAUCAAACUAGUCAAAGAUGAAAUCAAGAAUGAGGAAGCUGAACCUGCACCAUCCACCGCAUAAAGCGGUGAACCAUUUCAGUUUUAAAAUUAAAACAAUUGCUUGGCGAACUGGUUUCACUGACGAACACCAAUCAUAGUAAUAAAGAAAAUUAAUUGUUAUUACGGCGGCCAAGCAUCGUCUGGCCAAGUAUUGUGUUAAAUCCCAAGAUCAUAUUUAAUCGCAUGCUUUAUCAUCGUGUUUUGAUCGAUUCAAUCAAAUGUGUGUUUUUUUUAAUAAACUAACGAAUCAAAUGUAAAUUUCUUUUUUCUUUGAAAGUCUGUGGCUCAAGAAUGUUGUGAAGAGAAUAAAUUUAAGCAAAAAUUGCGGUUAUUACCCAAUCACCGUAGUCACAUGAAUUAAACCGAUUUAAAUAUUCCGUAACUUCACGUC